AUGUGGUGGUUCCUCAUAAUCUCCCUGCUGAUCCUGCUAUACUACAUCUGGCAGAAGCUGAGGAGUUUGGGCAAGAAAUAUCCCAUGUGUCUGCCCCACCUGCCCAUCCUGGGGAGCCUUAUAUAUCUGAAGUCACAUGAAGAGACACACAUCUACUUCACCAAGCUUAAGGAGAAGUACGGUCAAAUCUAUGCCUUUUGGCUGGGCUCGUAUUAUGUUGUGGUAGUGAACCAUUUCUCACUGGCCAAGGAAGUGCUUCUCAAGAAGGGCAAGGAAUUUGCCUGCCGCCCCCAGAUGGUAACCACAGACAUCCUGACUGACACUGGCAAGGGGAUUGCCUUCUCUAAAUAUGGUCCCCAGUGGCGAACGUCUCGGAAGCUGGUGCAGUCCACCUUCUCCUUGUUUAAGGAUCGCUCCUCCCAGAAUUUGGAAAAGAUCAUCUGCCAAGAGGCCAAUUCUCUAUGUAAGGCCCUGGCCAACACACAAGGACAGAACACGGACCCAGCUUUGGUCUGUUUUCUGGCUUCGGCCAAUGUGAUCUGCCAGUUUUGCUUCAGCAGCUCCUGGAAGCAAGACGAUGAAGAAGUAAAGACCAUGAUGAACUUCAGCGAAGUCAUCACCAAGACUCUAGGCAAGGACAGCCUGGUUGACAUCUUUCCCUGGACUCAGCUGUUCAGCAAAGAUAUGGCUCUGCUGAAGGAGAACAUCAUGGUACGGAAUAAACUACUGGAGAAAAAAUUUAAAAUUCACAAGGAGAAAUUCGACAUAGAUUCUGUAAACAACCUCCUGGAUAUGAUGCUGAAGGCCAAGAUUAACAACAAUGGUCUCCUGACUCAGGAGUCAGAGAUCACAGAUAAGCACAUCCUGAUGACGGUGGGUGACAUCUUUGGAGCUGGUGUGGAGACGUCCAGCAGUGUCAUCAAGUGGUCCAUUGCCUACAUGUUGCACUAUCCCCAGGUACAGGAGACUAUCCAGAAGGAAAUUGACCAGAAAAUUGGCUUUACCCGAACACCUGUGCUCAGUGACAGGCACCAACUUCCCUUCCUCGAGGCCACGGUACGUGAGGUACUCCGCAUACGGCCAGUGGCUCCCUUGCUCAUCCCCCACGUGGCACGUACUGAUACCAGCAUUGGGGAAUACACCAUCCCCAAAGACACCAGAAUCUACAUCAACCUGUGGUCCAUCCACCAUGACCCUACAGAGUGGGACGAGCCAGAACAGUUUAAGCCAGAACGAUUCCUGGACAAGAAUAAGGAACAACUUAUCAUGCCAACUGCCAGUUAUUUUCCCUUUGGAGGUGGACCUCGGACCUGUAUUGGGGAGUUCUUGGCCCGGGCAGAGUUAUUCCUCUUUCUGUCCUGGAUCCUACAGAGAUUUGACCUGGAAGUAGCUGAUGAUGGAAAACUACCCUCCUUAGAGGGGAAAUUUGCAAUGGUCUUUCAGAUCCUUCCCUUCAAGUUAAAGUUCAAGCUUCGGAAGGCCUGGAGGGAGGCUCAGCUCAGUGCCUAGCCAAUAGUCAGAUUCACCUCCAUCAGCUCAGGAACAAUCAUAAGCAAAUUGCAGAAGCAAGUGAGAAGUAACUUUCAUUGGAGAUUGCCCUGAGCCCCUCCAAAGGUGCCCCCGUCUCCUCAGUUUCAGGGAGGUAUCUUUCCACUGCCUCUAGCGUAGAUUUUCUCCUUUCAUUCCCUUUCUUCUUACAUACACUCUCCUCUGCAAAAUCCUGCUUCUUCCUUCCAUCAGCCUCAGCUCCACUUGGUAGGCCCCGGGUUUUUGUCCUGAAUGAUUUCUAACCUCUUGGCUUGAUGCCUCUACCUGUGAUGAGUUUAUAUGUCCAGUCCCUUUGGCCGUUCUUUGCCUAUGUUCCAUGUUCCAGUUGUAGCUAGUUAUAACUCAAAAGUCCAGGUGGCACCAGGCUUACCAGCAGUACCACUCAAAUUGGGGUUCUUGUCUCCCUGAAAGUUAGACCAAGACUUAGAACAGUUCUUCCUCAUAUCCCCUGUGAGCCCUUUCCAGCCUAAGAAAAAACACAGGACUCUCACAGCUAUCAUAACUGAAGGUUGAGCCCCUGCUGAAGACUUAGCCAACUCUAGCCUAGGAAUCCAUAUUCUCUCCCAUCACCCACCCCACACUUGGAAACUCAGUUUUUUUUAGGAGAUAAAUUCCAAGGCUCUCAGCUCUCCUUCAGCUAGUCUAUUAUUGCAAGAGGACCAAAAAAAAAAAAAUCUUUAUUCUUGAUAGGUCUUCAGUCCAUGGAAGAGUCAAACACAUUUGUCCAUGGACACCAGCACUGGACUCUCAGCUCACCCAAACCUUUUCCUCUAAUAGAUAAGGACUAUAGGAAGGUCACAGGGAGGUGGUCCUGCAGAAUGGCAGGAGGAGGCUGAGGUUAGGCCCCAGGUGAUAGUGAGGGGCAUCUUCAGGGCUUUAGUUGUGUUGAACUGGACAGAUAAUGGAUACCAAUGGUCCUACCCUGCAGAGACAGACAUUCACAGGACAGUCCCUGCCUCUGGGGGAGCAGGAAAGUGUCUGACAUAGAGGCAAACACCUCCUUGAUUCCAAGUUACAAUCUUCUCCCACCACAGAAGGAAGGGUUGAAAAUCUAGUGCUGAUGAUUUAGUCUUGGCUCUCCCCACCUCGAAGUCCAAGCCCAUCCUGGAGGAGCAAUUCCCUUCCCCAAGUCUCACUACAAAGAUAGUCCAAGAGCAGCUUAGAGAGCUGGGCAAAGUAUUUAAAAACUUGGGACCAACCUACAGUUGGCAUGGGUGACUAACCUGGGCAAACACAACUGGUUCAGUUCUGUUGACAACACCACUAGGAAUCUACUUGGGAAAAGGUUCUUUUCGGUCACUUUGUAGGGUCUUGGGAAGGAGGGAGGGCUGCUGGAAGGUGCUAGAAGAGAACUCCCAAACUUGCCCAUUAUUUGAGCUGCUGGGAAGCGGCCAAACACCACCACCACUCCUUGAAUCAGUUCACCCUCCAGAUUGACUCCUCAACCAGCUACAGAGUCAGCAGCCCCACCCACCAGCUUCUUUGCCAAGAGGGUAAAUGGAUUGUGAGGGGGUGGUGAGAUGGAAGGCAAGGGGACGGAAGA